AUGUCUGAGAACGAUGCCCUGCCUGUCCUCCUGGGACAGCAUCCCGUUCGCGACCUGCAGGACAUCGAGAAAGGGCAGCUCUGCAAACAAGAGCGGCAGCCCUCGGAGGACGACAUCGCAGUUGUGACCACGCACUUGAAGUACUGCGAGAAGGUCGUCUUGAACUUUGGCCUCGUCUUCGCUUUGGCCCAGGGAGCAUCCACCCCAGCCGUUGCCUGGUUCAUAGCCGAGGCUGUCGACGCUUUGCAAGCCCGUGAUCCCGACAACGUGAUGAAGAGGAUGGGUCCAAUCCUCAUCAAAAUUGGAGCGAUUGCGCUCAUCCAGUUUCUCUUGGGCUUCCUCUGGCAAAGUUGCCUCGCCUGGGCGGCUGCUAAGCAGUCCAAGCGUUGGCAUCUCAGCUUCGUGGGAGUCCUUCUCUCCUUGGAUGUCAGCUGGUAUGAUGAGCAUGAGCCGGCAGGAGUCGCAGCCAAGCUUGAGGCUGAUAUUAACAAUGUGCACUUCUUCAUGUCAAAAACGCUUGGCUUCCUCAUCGCCAGCUUCGCGCAGUUCAUGGGCGGCUUGGUGUUUGCCAUGAUUACAGGCUGGCAGCUUGCGCUGGUGGUUUGUGCAACGAUCCCGAUACUGCUGUUCUUCGGCCAUCUCCUGGGCAAGGAGAUUGCACAGCAGACGAUCGACCAGCAGAGGGACUUCGCCCAGGCCGCCACGGUUGCAGAGGAGUCCAUCAUGGCCAUCCGUACCGUCGCCGCCUUCGGCGGAGAGGGAAAAGCGACUGCACGUUUCGAGAAGGAGCUUCUGUCGGCGAAGCUGGGAGGGAUCCGCACCGGAGCCAAGAUCGGAUUUGCAGCAGGCGGACUAAACCUAUUCUACUCCUGCUUCUUGGGGCUACCUCUCUUGUUCGGUGGCCACUACCUCUUGUCUCACAACGACGUCAACAAAACCGGCAUGGUCACGGUGAUCUUCGCCAUGUGCGUUGCAGUGUCCGGGCUGAUCUCCUUUAGCGGCUUCCUUCCGAUCCUGGCCAAGGCAGUCGCAUCUGCAAAGGCCAUGAAGCAGAUGAUGGCGGCGGAGCGCGUGAUCGAGCCCCCCUUGCACACUAUGGGAGAGCUGCCCGAUAAGCUUCAGACCAUCGACACCAUCGAGUUUAAGAGCGUCAGCUUCCGGUACCCGACGAGGCCGGAGAAGUGGGUUCUCCAGAACUUCAGCUUCCGAGUGGAGAAGGGUCAGAAAAUCGCCCUUGUUGGGGAAAGCGGCUGCGGGAAGAGCACCACGAUCCAACUUCUGGAGCGCUUCUACGACCCCCGGGGGGGCGAGGUGCUGGUGAACGGGAUCCAACUUUGCAAAGUCCCGGUGAAGGCGUGGAGGCAGCUCAUCGGCUAUGUGGGCCAAGAGCCCGUGCUCUUUGCCACGAGCGCGAUGAAAAACAUCAAGGCAGGCGACGACUCCAUCAGCGACGAGCAGGUCAUGGAGGCCGCCAAAGGAGCACAGAUUUACGAAACCUUGAUGGGGCUGCCAGACAAGUUCGAGACCUUUGUUGGAGCCGGCGGUGGCUUGCUGUCCGGGGGCCAGCGACAGCGGCUUGCCAUUGCGCGCGCUCUGGCUAAGAGCCCCCAGCUCUUGCUCCUGGAUGAGGCGACCUCCGCCCUGGACAAUGAGUCGGAGCGGAUGGUCCAGGAGACCUUGGAUUCCCUCCUGGGGCA